CGGAGCUAGUUUUAUUGUUGGUUGGUUGGUCGGCCCGGUGAGAGGCGUGAUGGAGUGGAUCGGUGACGGCCUGUGACUGGGUUUCUUUUUCCAAGGUGCCUGCAACUUCUGGCAGAGACAAUUAGUUCGUUUUUACUUUCUUAUUUCGUCUGUUUGCUUUUUAUUUAAUGCUGACGAGAUGGGAAGUAGCGGGAGCACCAAACGCGUUUCCUUCGAAGCGGAUGAGAAUGAUCAGAUCACAGUGGUGAAGGGCAUCAGGCUUUCCGAUAGUGUUAUCAGCCGUAUGCGAGAUGCUUCGCCGUCUACUGAAAAGUCACAACCAUCUCUAGAAAAAACUUCAAGUGGAACUUCACCACCUUCUUCUGUCCAGCCAAUAGUUAUUAACGAAGAAGUCCGAAAACAAAUUUCCGAACAGUUGGCUCACGAGCGGGCAAGGCAAGAUUUGACCUUUCAGAAGAGGCUUGAACAUGAUAAACGCUAUGUUCACGAUGAGAUCGGCAAAAUUCUUGAACGUGAGCGUGAUGCUUCAAAUGAUAGCCUCGUAAAAGCUGUGUUGCGGGAGAGAACAUUGACUGAGGAGGAGCGGAUGAAAUCCAAGCACGCAACCAAACAAUUGAAAGAAAAGGAGGAAGAACUGCAGAGACUCAAUGAUUACUACAAGGAGCAAGUGACCAGACUGGAAAAUAGGAGUGCCCAGUUCUCCAAGCUGACCACUGAAGAAUACCAGAAGGCAGUUAGUGAAGUGGAGUCCAAGUUCAAGAGGUACAAGUCUCGACCCAUCUGUGCCGAGCUCCAGGGGGAUGUCCUCCGCUGCUAUCAACAGAACCCAGACCAGACUCUCAGCUGCUCUGCCUUGGCCAAGCAGUAUGCUCACUGCAUCAACUAUGCCAAACAGAGCCUUCUGGGCAAAGGAGGUUAAAAUAGUCUCCCGUCUCAUCAAAAAGCCCUCAUCAUCUACUUGGACGACAGAUCACCUUUCUGAAGUAAUCAAAGAAACGCAACAAAAGCAUCAGGACAUUAUGGGAAAGAGGAAACAAAGGGCAAUUGUCACCACAGCAACAGCCACAGCAAGCACCCUAAUUUAAUUGGUGGGGAUGUGUUUGGCAUGGUUGUGAAUGUCUUAACAACCUGUCAGGCUUCUAGUCCUACCAAGAAUGUGUUCAGCUUUUCUGUAAUUGUUCUGUCCUAUGACAUUAUAUGGAAUAUUUUUGUUUUGUUUAACAUGAGGCCAUGGAAAAUUCUAACAAUGAUGUGAUUAAAUCUGUCUUUCAAAAUG